AUGACAUCGCGCGUCCCGCACCUCCUCGAACCCUAUCUCUCACUCCCGCCAGAAGCCUCCCUCGUCUUGCUCACCGGCGUCCUCGGCGCCAGCACCAACUGGCUCGUCCUCCGCCACCUGUACGCCCUCCUCAAAUCCAAUCCCAAGCCAUCAGCUCAUCUGGGGAACGGGACGGGUAUUGCAGAUGCGCUGAGGAGAGGGACGGAGAGGGGGGGGGUAGACGAGGAGAACAAGAAGGAGAAGAAGGAGGAGGAGGAGGAGGGAAAGGAGGACGUGGCGGUGCUCCUCGUGAGCUUCCUUCGCGACUUUACCUUCUGGAGAGACGGCCUCGCCCGGCUGGGGAUCGACCUCGAGGCGGCCGGGCGGCGCGGCAAGUUUGCGUACGUGGACGGGCUGCCCGCCGGCGGGCUCUUCUCGGGCGGCUCGGCAGCCGGGGCCGAGACGGCGGGCCACGGUCAGGUGUCGCGGCAAGGGUGGCGGCGGACGGCCGCGGCGCUGGCGGGCCCGAGCGACAUCCGGGACACCGUCCUGGCGAGCGUGGAGAACUUGAGGAAUCCUCAUCACGCGGUUGGCCCCCGCACGCCCUCGGGGGAUGAUGAGGGCAAGGCUGGGAGGAAGGUUGUGCUAGUGAUUGACGGGCUGGAUUUCGUGCUUGCUGCGAUGGAUCCGAACUCGCGGCCGGGCGGUCCGCCUGAUGCUGCGUGGACGGCUAUGGGGGUGAAAGAGGUAGUGACGGAGUUGAGGGAGGCAACACACGCUGCUAUCGUCACUCUCGCCGCCGACGACCCCCUCAUCAAGGAGCAGGAAACGACGUUAGAGAAGCAGCACGCCUGGUUCGCGUUGAGUCUGGCCCACGAGGCCGACGCGAUCCUCAGCUUGCGGCUGCUCGACACAGGCGCGGCCCAAGACGUGAGCGGUGUUAUCAGAAUCACAAACAGGAGAGACCCUGCACAGAAUCACGAGUAUCUCUACCACGUGGGGGGCGACGGUGGUGUUAGAGUAUUCGAACGAGGCCAGUAA